GCUCGCACUGUACAACGCAAGAAAACGUGCGACUAAAUCUCGCGAGAUCUUGCCCUAGAUCGUGUCCCAGGUUUCGCAGCUGCUGGGGUUAAUAAGUGAUAAACCAUCUAUUUCAGGACUUUCAUGAUGAGCUAUGCUGAAAAGACUGAAGAUAUAACUAAAGAUGAGUGGAUGGACAAACUUAAUAAUGUGCAUAUACAAAGGGCAGACAUGAACAGACUUAUCAUGAACUACCUGGUAACAGAAGGUUUUAAAGAAGCAGCUGAAAAGUUCCGGAUGGAAUCGGGAAUUGAGCCAAGCAUAGACCUUGACUCCCUAGAUGAACGUAUUAAAAUCAGAGAAAUGAUUUUGAAAGGCCAAAUUCAGGAAGCUAUUGCACUCAUUAACAGCCUUCAUCCUGAGUUGCUGGACACAAACCGGUAUCUUUACUUUCAUCUACAGCAACAACAUCUGAUCGAGCUGAUACGCCAAAGGGAAACUGAAGCAGCUCUGGAAUUUGCUCAGACACAGCUGGCAGAACAGGGUGAGGAGAGUCGUGAAUGUCUCACAGAAAUGGAGCGCACUCUUGCUUUACUUGCUUUUGACAACCCUGAGGAGUCCCCUUUUGGAGACCUGCUGAACAUGAUGCAACGUCAGAAGGUAUGGAGUGAAGUGAACCAGGCUGUAUUAGAUUAUGAAAACCGAGAGUCUACACCUAAAUUAGCAAAAUUGCUGAAGCUGUUACUUUGGGCGCAGAAUGAAUUAGACCAGAAGAAAGUAAAAUAUCCAAAAAUGACAGACCUCAGUAAGGGAACAAUUGAGGAUCCCAAGUAAUUUGAAAGACUGGUGCUGUAGCACUGUAGGACUUCAAAUAAGGACAUUUAAACUUAUAUUUAUAUCAGUCUAUGACUGGACACUUUUUUUUUUUCCCUUCCCUUUUUUCCCCCUGGAGGGUGGUUCUUGGCAAAGGACUAAAUUUACUGGUUAGUAAUAGAUGCUCUUGUUGUUUGACCGCCCAUGUUAAAGACCAAAAAUCAUUUUCUCAGCGUUGCACAGAUGCCGCAACUUUUUGGUCACAAAUUCCUUUUUCAAGUAUAUUAAAUGAACAAAAGUUCCUGCUUUUCGAGGAGAAAAGCAGAGUCCUCUUCUCCUUUUGUAAUGUAAUUAGUCUCCUGUACUUUUUUGGAUUAUAUGUUUGUUGCUUUUGGAUUUUAUUGCAACCAUUACGUAUAAGACCACAAUACCAUUUCAGAUUUCCAGAAGUGAACAUAACUGUACAUAUGAUACGAAUGUAUAAAAUCAUAGUAAGGGAAUCUGCAUCUUUAACAGUAAAUUAAUAUGUUUUUGGAGGUUCACAGUGUCUUGUUUCAGAAUGUGUGAAUCACAUUAAUCUGGCAGUUUCAGGCAUAACUAUCACAGCUCAUUUUUGUAAAGGUUUAUUAGCUAAUAAAAGCAAAAUAAUUGUCUGAAAGAAGGAUAAAGGGUUUCAUUUUUAAGAAAGUAAUCUCAUUUAUCUGAGUUUACCAUUUAUUUUGGUAGACAUUGACAUUUAUCAUUUUGAUUCAGUUGUGAUUUGUAAGAUAUUUGAGAUGUACAUUUUGCUUAACAACUAACUCUGGCAUGCAUUUGCAAUACUAUAUUGUAUUGGCAAAAUUCCUUCUUUUAAAUUUGAUUUAAUUUUCUAGACACUUUCUAAAAAUUUCCCUAUAUACUGUAUAUCUUUGAAGAUAGUACUGUGGUAAGAGACAUUACAGUCCUGCAGACAGAUUUGCAAUUUUAAAUUAAAAAUAGUUUGAUGAAAAACUUCCACUAUUACUGUAAUAGGAAUGUUUUGCUGUACAUUAAAAAUAUAAACCAGUAAAAUAUUUCCCUCUAGUUAGGA